AAUCAGAUGAUUGUCAAAGUUGUCAAAGUAACGUCACAGGAAGUGAAAAACAAAGCAAAAAUCUAAUUGGAAAAAAGGAAAUUCUUUAUUUUGUUUGCAAAAAUGUACAACUUCAAUGGUGAUUUCCGUCGUCGUCCUGAGCAGAAUUUUAGUGGGCAAUCCCAAAUGCCGGAUCGUGAGUCCGUGAUUAGGCGAGCGCAGACAGAACGGCAGAAACGGGAGGAGGCACGACAGCAGGAAACGAGUGCCCUCACAAUUCAAUCCUUCUUCCGCAGCUGCUUCUGGAGGCAGCGCAUCAAGGCACGAGAGCGUGAUAACUUUGAUAGCUUCUUCCACACACAGAACACGCGUAUUGCUACGCAGCAGCUGGAUUUUCUCCUCAAGCGCUUUGUCUUCUUCUACGAUCACUCACGGAAUGACGAUUGCCAGAGAUUGGUGAAAAUCUGCGAAAUCAUCACACAGGACUCCCAAGUUAUCUUCCACAAUGUUCUCCGACAUAAAAUUUGGAAGUAUCGUCUGCAGAAAUUACUUCACAUUGCUCUCCGGCAGUUGCAUGCCUCGAUAAAGAAUCCCCCGGAGAUUCUUCUUCAAAUGUAUGAAAUUUUCAUUGUGGGCGAUGCACCAGCACCAUGGUCACAAAUUGUCGUAGAGCUUCUCAUGUAUCUACUCCAGAGGAACUUCUUCCACUACAUGAGACACAUAAUUGAUGAGCAGAGUUCCCUCAUACCCACCAAUCCUGCGGAAAUCACACCAAAUUUGCUAUGUUUUCGCUACCUCCAGCUCACCAUGAAGCCCCUCUAUCUCCUCCAGCACACUGAUAAUGAGAAUUUCAGUAUUGCCGUUCUCACGAACUUCCUGCGUCACAUUCUCAGUCCAGAGUUGACAAAAUCCAGCAAAAUUCUCCUUCUUCCCUACCUUGUCACGUGCAAGAGAUUCCCCUACGUGAAAUUCCUCAAUUAUCUCGCAUCCCUUUCGAAUGUAACCACCACGGAAACCACAACGUUAUACUCGAGCUCCCUCCUCUAUUCCCUUCUCUACAUUGAUCGCUACUACCUGGAUUUGGUGAAGAAUGUCGAGACUAUGUCGUACUACCUGAGAAGCCUCUCCCGGAUUCUCCAUCAUAGCGUUCAACUUUUUGCCGAGAAACGCCUCGAGGGGCAAGCUGAGAAUCACAGUGAUUCGGAGGAUGAUGAAGAUCUCCCAUUGUCCGUGAGUGUGGUGAGUGUUGAGGAGGAAGCACUGCAGGAGAGCAUAAAAAUCCUCGGAGAUUCGCGUCAUAUGGCGAAAAUUGCUGAAUUCGUUGAUUCCCUCGUUGAUGAUCAUGAGGCAAUUUCAGCUACAUGCCACAUCUGCAAUAGCCUAAUGAUUUACGGAAGAAUCACCACAACUGGACCCAAUCAUUCGUUGCUCGGAAUUCUCGCGGAGAGAUCCAAAUUCAUUCGUGCCACAUGGUUCAGUGUGGAUCAAUUGGGUAGAACAAUGGGUGGUUCCUUCUCAAAUGCCAUCGUUAAAUGCGCAAAUACCUCCGUACCCAUCCUGACCACCUUCUGUACGCUUCUAAGUCAAAAAAUCUCCACACUUCACGACGAGGAAUUCAUUGGUGGGCACAAAGACAACAGCCCAAUGCCAUUCAAUGUGGACCAAAUUAUUGAAGUUAGCCACAGACUUACCACGCUAUGCCUCGAAAUAAUCGACCUGGCCUUCCCAGAGACGAAAAUCACGCUGAAAAAUAACUACAAACCCGUCAUUGAUCCAUCCAGUGGGCAUGUGAGUGAAACAGCAAUGGAACUGGAGAGGAAUACCAAGUGGCGGCACAUCUUCAAAGUUUGCGUCAUCCUCCUGCGACAAAUCUACAAUCGGGACUUGCGCCUGUCCUUCUGCCCAAUGAAUCAUUGGGAUAUACCAUCAUUUAAUCUUGUCCUGGAUAAGAGUGCAAAUGUCUUCUACUUGCAGCACAUUGUGCAGGAGGAUUUAAUCUCUCUCAAUACCCCCACAACAAGUUCAACGGAUCAAUUGAUGGAAAACGGUGGAAUCCCCAUGACGGCCAAGCAGAUAAGAUCAAUUAAAAUUCUCAAGGAGAUUCCCUUUACAAUUUCCUUCAAUAGUCGCGUCGUGAUGUUCCAGGAACUUCUAACGGUGGACAAGAUGAGAGCUCAAAGGGAACCUCAUAGAUUCUUUGUGGAGCCCCGUAUUCACCUCACAGUUAGGCGAUCUCACAUCUAUGAAGAUUCCUUCAAUGCCCUGGCAUAUGGAAGUGAACCUGAUUUUCGUGGAAAAUUCAAAAUUCAAAUGAUAAAUGCCGCAGGAUUGGAAGAGGUGGGAAUUGAUGGUGGUGGAAUUUUUCGUGAAUUCCUCUCGGAACUCCUUAAGACAGCCUUCGAUCCCCAUCGUGGGUUCUUCAUGAUCACCACGGAUAACAAAUUGUACCCAAAUCCCGGUGCUGGGAAGAUUGUGGAGGAUUUUAAGGAGCACUACUACUUCAUUGGACGCAUCCUGGGGAAGGCUCUCUAUGAGAAUUUACUCGUUGAAGUACCACUGGCGGAGUUUUUUCUCUCAAAGUUGGUCAGUAAGUAUCCAGAUGUGGAUAUAAAUCAACUAGCAUCCCUUGAUCCUGUACUCCAUCGCAACCUGCUGAGCCUCAAAGCCUACGAUGGGGAUGUGAGUGAGUUGGGAUUGGAUUUUACGGUGGUUUGUGAGGAAUUGGGGGAGACGCGUGUGGUGGAAUUGAAGCCCGAUGGGAGCAAUAUUGCUGUGACGAAUCACAAUAGGAUGGAAUACAUUCACCUUAUGGCGGAUUACAAACUAAAUCGCCAAAUUCGUCCGCAAUGCUUGGCCUUCCGGGAGGGAUUGCAGAAUGUCAUCCCGACGGAAUGGGUGUCAAUUUUCAGCAACAAAGAAUUCCAACUUCUCAUCUCGGGGGCGGAGCAUUCAAUUUGCGUGCAGGAUCUCAAGUGUCACACAAAAUACGGCGGAAACUACACAGAAGAUCACCCAACGAUCAUCCUCUUUUGGCGUGUCAUUGAGAAUUUCACAGACAUUCAGAAGAGACAAUUUCUCAAGUUUGUCACCAGCUGCUCCAGGCCACCACUACUUGGCUUCCGGGAACUCGACCCACCCUUUUGCAUACAGGAUGCUGUGAAUACCGAGAGACUCCCAUCAGCAAGUACAUGUCUAAAUCUACUCAAGCUCCCCCCAUUCCAGAACGAGGAAACAAUGCGAAUGAAGUUACUCUAUGCAAUUGAUAGUGGUUCCGGUUUUGAAUUAAGCUAAUUUAUUUACCAUCCCAAGAAUAAUUUCUCCUACAAGAGGAAAACUUUAUUUGAAAGGAUUUAAUUAUACAUUAAAAUAAAAAUUAUAUAUUGAGAUCUAUGUGUGUGGAAAUCAGCGUGCAUCAAAAACGACCACUAAAAACAUAAUAAAUGAAAUUUUAGACCC